UAACAGUAGACAAAAAGCCCUAAACCAAUUAGCAGCCGAGGAAAAAAAAUUGAUACUAAUUUGGUGGAUUUUGCUUUACAAGCGGAAAAUCUGAAUCACAAUCGGAGAAAGUUUGGUGUGUGCGAUUAAAAUCGGCUGAAAUCUAAUAUCUACAGGCCUCCUUUUAUUUUUUGUGUUUAUUGUGCAUGAUCCGUUAUCCAAGGUCAGUCUCUCAUCGGCCUCAUUAUCUCAGUUUUUGUUAUUUUCAGACUAUCUGAAGCUCCUUUUUGAAGAAAAGGGGGAAGGAAUUGUUCAAUUGAACGUGUGAUGUGUGCGACGGAUUUGUGGGGAGAGGUGUGAAAGUUAUUUAGCAGUUUUGCAUUGAUUUUUGGUUGUAUAAUUGGUGUUGGAGGUUUUUGCUAUGCGAUUAUCGCGGUUUGACUCAGUUGUGAAGAGGAAAGAUCAGAAAAUUAGGAAUAAGUAUAAGGGGAAGAAGAAGCACAAGAAAUUAGAUGCUAUUUAUGAAAAGGGUUACAAUAAGAGCCACAAAGAGGUCCAUAAGGUCGAGUCAAGUGAGUUUAUUGAUGAAGAGAAUGAACAUGAACUCCGGAGGAGCACUAGGGUUCGUAAAGCGCCUGAGUUGCUUGAUUCAUCACCUCUUCCGCCUACAAAGCGGAGGAAGGUUGAUAAUGGUGUGGGUAGCAGUGGUGAGAAAGUUAGGAGAGUAGAUAGGGCGCAAUGUGAAAUGCCAUGCUCAAGUUCGAGUGAUGGGGAAGGUGAUGGUUGGAUGCCAAGGUUGAGAUCCAGGCAAGAGAGUGGAUGUUCUUCAGGAAGAGGAAGGGGGCAGUCGUCAUUGAAGGGCAAGAGAAAGCUGUUUCAGGAUCUUGAUCGGUUACAGGAUGAUCAGGAACCUCAGUUUUUAAUGAAGAAAGAGCCCUUGGUAGGUGAGAAAUCGACAGUUGUAAAAUCAAAGAGGCCAGGCAGAAUUAAAGCAUCAAAUGUUUUGGAAAAUGACAACCAGGAUGAUGAUCUGGAAGGUGAGUCGGAGGAUGAUCUGGAAGGUGAGUCAGAGGAUGGGAAACCAAAGAACAGAGACAAGAUUUUAGAAGUGAUAAAUGAGGCAGAAGGUGCUGAAGGGUCAUCAGGUGAGUCGGAGGAUGGGAAACCAAAGAACAGAGACAAGAUUUUAGAAGUGAUAAAUGAGGCAGAAGGGGCUGAAGGGUUAUCUUUGGAGUGUAGGUUGGAGUGUACUAAUGAAAUUGAAAUAGAUUGCAAUAUGGCGUCACAGUUAGCGCAGGGAGAGGAGACUGUAAUUGAAGAGACGGCAAUAGAAGAAUGCAACAGCAAUGGGAACGUCGAAAUAAGGGUAGAAAUAGUGGAGUUGGAAAAAUCAGCAUGUGAUAUUGUACCUGGCCAAGUAAAUGCUACCAAGUUUGAUUGUGGAUCAGCUGACCAAACAAAGGAUGAUGAGAAUCCUGAAAAGCCUCUUGAAAAUGAUAUUGAUAUUAAACCAGAAGGCCGAUACAAUCCUCCAGCUGUUACUGACAGAAAACCUAAAAUAAAACUUGGAAGGCGUUGCGGUUUAUGUGGGGGUGGGACGGAUGGCAAACCUCCAAAAAUACUCUUACUUGAAGGUGCUGGCAGUGAUAAUGAGGUCUACAGUGGAUCAUCUGCAUCAGAAGAACCUAAUUAUGAUGUUUGCGAUGGAUUUGGUGAUCAAUCUGGAUGGCUUGGAAGACUCCUAGGUCCUAUUAACGAUAGGUUUGGUAUAGCAGGAAUUUGGGUUCAUCAGCAAUGUGCUGUAUGGAGUCCAGAGGUUUAUUUUGCUGGACUUGGAUGCUUAAAAAAUGUGAGAGCUGCGCUCUACAGAGGUAGGGUACUCAAAUGCAGCCGCUGUAGGAGACCUGGAGCAACCAUAGGGUGUCGUGUUGAUAGAUGUCCCAAAACUUACCACCUACCAUGUGCACGGGCCAAAAGUUGCAUCUUUGAUCAUCGUAAAUUUCUCAUUGCCUGCACUGAUCAUCGCCAUCUGUUUCAACCAUAUGGAGUACAUAAUGCUCAACGAAUGAAGAAACUGAAGGCCAAAAAGCUGAAGUUUGAAUUGCGGAAGGUUGCCAAUGAUUCAUACCGUAAUGAUAUUGAAGCCGAAGAAAAAUGGUUAGAGAACCGUGGGGAGGAUGAAGAAUUCUUGAAGCGUGAGAGCAAGAGGCUUCAAAGGGAUUUAUGGAGAAUAGCACCUACAUAUAUUGGUGGUGCAAACUCUGAACAAGGCACACAAUUCGCAGGUUGGGAAUCUGUUGCUGGGUUGCAAGAUGUGAUUCAAUGCAUGAAAGAGGUUGUUAUUUUACCGCUCUUGUACCCUGAAUUUUUUAAUAAUCUAGGACUUGCACCUCCUAGGGGAGUUCUGUUGCAUGGAUAUCCUGGAACCGGUAAGACAUUAGUUGUGCGUGCACUAGUUGGUUGUUGUGCCCGUGGUGACAGGCGCAUAGCAUACUUUGCACGCAAAGGAGCAGAUUGUCUUGGAAAAUAUGUUGGUGAUGCUGAGCGCCAGCUACGACUUUUGUUUCAAGUAGCUGAGAAAUCUCAACCAUCUAUAAUUUUCUUCGAUGAGAUAGACGGUUUAGCACCUUCUCGUACUAAGCAGCAAGAUCAAACACAUAAUUCAGUUGUGUCCACAUUACUUGCCUUGAUGGAUGGCCUGAAAUCUCGAGGUUCGGUUAUCGUAAUUGGGGCAACUAAUCGUCCUGAUUCAGUUGAUCCAGCUUUAAGGAGGCCUGGGAGAUUUGAUCGGGAAAUUUAUUUUCCACUGCCUUCUUCUGAGGAUAGAGAAGCAAUUCUUUCAUUGCACACACAGAAGUGGCCUAAACCAAUAGCUGGAUCCUUAUUGAAGUGGGUGGCGAAGCAGACUGUAGGAUUUGCUGGUGCUGAUCUGCAGGCUCUUUGUACUCAAGCAGCUAUAUUUGGUUUAAAAAGGAGCUUCCCGUUGCAAAAUGUUCUAGCUGCAGCUGGAACUAAUAGCUCUGACAGAAGAUGCCCUGUUAUUCCUACUUUUACUGUGGGGGAAAAAGAUUGGUUAAAGGCUCUCUCAUGUGCAUCGCCUCCAUGUUCUCGAAGAGAAAGUGCAUUUGCUCUUAAUGACAUGGUUUCUUCACCUCUUAAAUCUCAUCUUGUUCCAUGCCUUCUCCUGCCUCUGACAAGGCUGCUGGUUUGCCUGUGUCUGGAUGAGCGUGUCUGGUUGCCAUCUCACCUUAAAAAGGCUUGCAAAUUGAUUAAAAAUGUAAUUGUUUCAAUCUUAGAUGAGCGGCAAGUGCAGAGUCAUAAUUGGUGGUUGCAAGUUGAUGGUUUGCUUCAGGAUGUGAAUGUUAGAAAUGAGAUUGAGAAGAACCUUUUGCUUGCAAACCUGGUUGGAGAGAACAACUUACGCAGUUCUAAUGGGGCAGAUGAAAAUACUGACGAACAUUCUGAAAUGUUCCCAUCCAAAUCUCUGUGUAUGGGUGCCCGCACAGUGUUGUCUCAAAAUAUAUCUUGUGUACCAUCCAGUAAAUCAGGAUUCCAAGUCUUGAUUUGUGGGGAUCCGAGUUCUGGUCAGAGGCAUCUUGCUUCAUGUCUUCUCCACUGUUUUGUUGGCAAUGUUGAUGUAUGGAAACUUGAUUUGGCUGGUAUCUCACAUGAAGGACAUGGAGACAUGGUUCAUGGGCUAACACAUAUACUGAUGAGAUCUGCCGGAGCACAUGUUAGCAUGCUUUAUAUGCCAAUGAUCGAUUUGUGGGGUAUUGAGACAAGUCAUGAAGCCUCUGAAGAUGACCGUGAAACAUCUGAUGCUGGCAAUGGUAUGGAAUAUGAAUUCUGCCCAAGUGCUCAUGCAGAGGGUAUCGAGUCUCAAACUGCUGCAAGGAAGGCCUCAUACCUUUGGACCUCUUUCGUCGAGCAGGUGGAGUCUAUACGCGUAAAUAGCUCCUUGAUAAUACUCGCUACAGCAGAAGUACCAUUUUCUUUGCUUCCUGAUAGAAUAAGGCAUUUCUUUGGGAAUGAGAUAAUGAAUUGCAUCCAAUCGAGUCCAUUGGGGCAUAAGGUGCCACAGUUCUCUGUGCAGCUUGACGGGAAAUUUGAUCAUGAUAAGGUGAUUAGCUUAUUUGCUGCUGAGUUGACCAAGGAUUUGGCACAGUAUUUUAUUCAGUCACAUCAUGGUGAAAAUCAUAUACACAUGAACUCCGUUGAUGUGGAAGCUUAUCAUACGGCUGAGGGUGAUACUAGUCAAGUUCGUCAUAGCAAAGCUUGCCAUGUGAGUCCCUCCAUUCCAGGUGGUUUGACAAAUAAAACUUUGAAAGGAAAAUCAAGCUUGCAAUUGGCAAUAUCAACAUUCGGCUAUCAGAUUCUUCAUUAUCCUCAUUUUGCUGAACUUUGCUGGUAUACAUCCAAGUUGAAAGAAGGUCCUUUUGCUAAUGCCACUGGACCCUGGAAAGGCUGGCCCUUCAACACUUGUAUUGUUCGUCCUGUCAACUUCACGGAGAAUGUUGCUGCUGCUUCUAGUUCCAGUAAUAUUAGGAGCAAAGAGUUUAGUUUAGUUCGAGGACUAGUCGCUGUAGGGUUAUCAGCAUAUAGGGGUGAAUACAAAUCACUAAGGGAAGUUUUCUCUGAGGUUCGAAAGGUUUUGGAAGCUCUAAUUCGAAUAAUUGAUGACAAAAUUCAAGCUGGGAAAGACAGAACCCAAUUCAUUCGUCUUCUAUCACAAGUGGCUUAUCUUGAGGACAUGGUUUGCAGUUGGGCUCACGCACUACAUAGUCUAGAGGUUGAUGCUCAUAUUCAGGAGGCAAAUGCCAAAGUUUUUGUGGGACCAUCUGAAGGUGACGGCCGCAAGAUAGGUGAUCUGAAAGCAAAUAAUGCACCCCGUUCAGAAGUGUUCGAGAAAGGCUCCCUGGAAGUUAGUCCCACAGAAUGUGCAGAUGCAGGUGAUGGAGUCGUUGUCACUGCUCAAGAGCCUUCCCAUAUAGUUGCCAUAGAUGAUGAUACUUGCUCUCAUGAACACAUCUUAGAGCCAACCAAAGUUAACUUACAGUCUUCUAAGGCAGAAGUCUUAGCACCGAAUGGAGUUAAUAUAGAGUCUUCUAAGACAGAAAUUGCUGGAGAUGAUCAUGCAGAACUAGAGCACGUUCCAUCUAUCAAGCUUUCCAAUGGUUUCGUGGAGAGUAGUUCAGAAUUUCAUGCUGGUCCCUCAGUUUUAGGUGAUAAGCAUUCUACUCUCGCAGGAAAUGGCAACCAGCCAAAUUGCCUUCCAAACGAUAAUUGCAUUCUGUCCAGAGAUACCGGUGAAAACUUAGGUCAAAGUAAUAUCAACUCUAACUCUUCACCCGGGCCUAGAAGUUCCGGAAGUGGUUCGGUUGCAAUAUGCUUUUACCAGUGCUGUUUGGAGUGCUUUGUCACCCUAAGCAACUUACUGUUGAGGGUUAUCAAUGUCGAGUGGAAAAGUAGAGGAAGUCAAUCAACCGUAGAGGAUGUUCACGAUUUUGUUGCCUCUUUAUCUGCAAAUCUUCAUUUAUCACUAAGUAAAAUAUUACACCAAGGUGAAAUCUCUUGUGGCAUGAAUGGAAAAGAAUGUAGAGAACACUGUAUGUGCCGGAUAUCGCAGGCUGAAGGCAUACCAGAUCUCAACAAGUCAGGCAAACUCUUGAUGGCGGAUUGUAAUAACAGUCACGCAACGUGCAAGGACACGAGCAGGGAGGAGGAGAAGAUUUGUAAAGGGAUCGAUCGCAGAUUUGUUUUCAAGGACGGAGUGCUGGCUAAUUUAGACACAGGUACUGAUGUUUCUUUUCACUGUAAAUAUGAGAAAUUAUGCCUUUGUUUUCUUAUCGAGUGGUUGGUAGCUAGCAAGGUUUCACAUUAACAUCUUCAUAUUAUAGCUUCAUCGGUUGUUGCUUCCGCAAAUUUUGACGCACUUGCGGAAUAUUCUAUGUUCGUCUGUAAACGCUACGCUCAAAUUUUGUGUUCUGAACUAUAUUGCUUACACAGUUGAAGUUAUUGAUUUAUUUACUUGAAACUA